UUCAAAUACAGAUUCAUCUUUGAUUCUUUCUUCUGGAAAAGGUCUAGUCAUUUGUCAACUUCUUCUGUUCUUUUAGUUCCAAAUUUUCUUCCUUCUUUUUGGUCGACAAAGAACUGUUUCAAUCAGAAAUCCCUUUUGUUUUCUUGUUUGAAACCGCCAUUUGGGUGUUUUUGGACUACUUGGUCCAAAUUGUGGAAUCUCCUCUCACGUUUUUUGGUCAUUUUGGCUGCACAAAGAUUUGAUCUUUGUACUGGUUUUCUUCGCCAAAAGUUGGAUCUGUUUGAAAGCUGAAGUUGGGUUUUUCAUUAGUUUAUUUGAGAUUUCUUGGGUCUGUGUUUGUUGGUGAUGAGCUUGUUGCUGAAGAAAGAUUUGCGUUAGUUGAAUAGGUGGUUGGGAUUUAUUUUCAAGUUCACGGGAAGAUUGGUUUGUUGUCACAGGAAAAGAGCAUGGAAAAGUUCUUGUGAAUCCUCAACUGUUUGAUUAAAUGCCUUGCUGAUCCAACUUGUAUACUACUUUUCUCUGAAGCCUUCAAGGUCUUGUUUUGAGUUGAGAAAGAUAGAGAAAGAGCUUCCUCUUUCUUCUUCUUCUUGUUUAUUCAAAUUGAUGUGCUUACUGUUUUGUUGAAAAUUUGAAAUGAGUCAUUCUGGAGCAGCAGUAGUUGAAGUUACAAAAGACAAGAAUGGAAUCGAUCAAGUUAUCCUUCAAAAUCCUCGAGGAGCUUCUGCCAGGGUUAGCUUACAUGGAGGCCAGGUUUUGUCCUGGAGGAGUGAGCGUGGGGAAGAAUUGUUGUUCAUCAGUAGUAAGGUAAAGAUCUUCAAACCACCAAAAGCAGUGAGAGGAGGAAUUCCAAUCUGUUUUCCACAGUUUGGAAAUGGAUCAUUGGAGCAGAAUGGAUUUGCUAGGAACAGGAUUUGGGUAAUCGACAAUGAACCUCCAUCUCUAAAUCCUUUUGACUCUAAUGGCAAGGCCUACAUUGACUUGCUACUCAAACCAUCUGAGGAUGAUUUAAAGAUUUGGCCACAUAGCUUCGAGUUUCGUCUUAGGGUCUCACUGGCAGCAGAAGGGCAUCUAACCCUGAUAUCACGCAUCAGGAACAUCAAUUGCAAGCCUUUCAGUUUUUCGAUUGCCUUUCAUACAUAUUUCUCCAUUUCUGAUAUCAGUGAAGUGAGGAUCGAAGGCCUGGAGACUCUUGACUACCUAGACAAUCUGUGUGAAAAGGAGCGCUUUACAGAACAAGGGGAUGCCUUAACAUUUGAAUCAGAGGUGGACCGAGCUUACCUUAGUUCUUCAGGUGCAGUAGCUGUUUUUGAUCAUGAAAAAAAGAGGACAUUUGUUGUACGAAAGGAGGGACUUCCAGAUGUUGCGGUAUGGAACCCCUGGGAUAAGAAAUCCAAAUCCAUAGUUGAUCUUGGAGAUGAAGAGUACAAACAGAUGCUUUGUGUUGAUGGAGCAGCAAUUGAGAAGCCAAUCACCUUGAAGCCAGGUGAGGAAUGGACUGGCCGAUUGGAGCUCUCUGUUGUGCCUUCAAGUUAAUCAUCAAAUUGCUGGACCCUCUUGUUAAGAUUUUGCAACAAGAAGGUGAAUAACAGCAUGAUCACCUUUCUUUUUUAAUUUGGUGAUGCUUGGCUUGCUAUAUAUUCAGCAAAUGGGAGAUGUUUUUAGUUUCUCCCCCAUUGUAGCUGUAAUCUAAAACCUACAUGGGAAAUAUUCCUACAUAUUGAAAGUGUAUAUUGAACUGCAGGGGCAGUAAUAAAAUUAUUCAUGUUGUUAUUUC